CGGCCCUUCUCGGAUACUCUUGGUUACGGCAAUUCUAUAUUAUAGGCAAUUUUUUCUACUGUCGCAGUUGAUCUGUAUUUUCUGCGAUCUCGGUCGUGUCGAAAUACCUGAGUUGUCGCCAGCAUGACGGACGUUUCUCAUACCGACGCCCUGGAGAAACUCAAGGCGUUGAAUCAAGAAACCGGCAAUUUAGAUACAAACCUUGCGAUUGUUCGCAUCAGCGAGCCGAUCUUCUCUCCAGAUGACAAUUCAGCACCUACCCCAUCCAAGCGAAACUCCGAUGUCUCCACGCUCGACAAUCCCACGCCUGCGUCGCUCGAGGCGGAUCUAACACACUACAAGGAACUAUUCUCGAAACUCCGAUUCUCCUACGUCGAACAAGUCACGAAAGAGAAAUUCCUGCGAGCAAUCGUAGGCGAUCCGCCGCUCGUAGUCGGCCACAACGAGAAUGUCGAGUUAGAGACGCAAUCGGCAGAGGUCAAGGCCGAGCUGCGUGCCCACAAAGAAGAAGUCCGGGUGUUGACUGAAGAAAUGGAGAAGAAGGGUCGUGAUCUUUCAAGGCGCUACAAGAACGUUCAGCUCCAAAUGGCUCAGCUCUCGACCCUUCCCGAAUCCAUUGAGAACCUUGAAUCCACAAUUGCGGGCCUGCGCGCCAAGCAGGUUGCUAAUAUGGAUCUAUCGUCGUCGCAGAACCUUCCACUCCCCGCAACAUUGUCUCUUCUGUCUGAGCGAGAGGCAGAACUUGCGGCACUCGAUCGGCAGCUUGCCGCGGUCCAAAAUGCUUUACCUCGUAAAACGAGGGAGGCCGAGACUAUAGAGCGGGAGCUUAGUGUGCUGGAAAAGAGGAAAUCAGAAGCCGUUGUUCAAGCCCGCGAAGCCAAGAGAAAGAAGCAAGAGGGUGAAAGUGACGGGCUGGAGGAAAUGGGACGGUGGUACAGAAGUGCCGAAGAGGUGCUCAAGGGACUAGUGGGUGUUGGGGAAUAAAUCCAAGGGAUCGACGGACUAGCAUGAUGUACGAUAAAAUGUGGGGAAGGCGUUGGGUCUUAUUUUGGGGUUUCUUUAUCAGAGGGGUUCAGGGAGAAUAAGGAAUGAGAUGGGUUGGCGGGGAAUACAGGCUACUACGACGAUCAGGAUUAUAACAGGUGUUCGGGUUUCGGAAUUAAGCCAAAAG